CGGCGGCGGCGACGACGAACGUGAACCUAAACGCCCGCGCGUGCCGGCCCUCGCCAGUGUGAUUGUAGAAGCUCUCAAGAUGGACAGUUUGCAGAAGCUUUGUUCAUCUCUGGAGCCAAUUCUCCGAAGAGUUGUCAGUGAAGAAGUAGAGCGUGCUUUAGCCAAAUUGGGUCCUGCAACUUCUGCUAGAAUUGAAGGAAGGACCUCUCCCAAAAGAAUUGAAGGCCCUGCUGGUAGUAAUCUCCAGCUUCAGUUUAGGAGUAGGUUAGCACUCCCACUUUUUACUGGAGGAAAAGUGGAAGGCGAGCAGGGAACAUCAAUACAUGUGGUGCUACUGGAUGCAAACACUGGUCAUGUUGUAACUUCAGGACUCGAAUCAUCUGCGAAAUUGGAUGUCCUUGUGCUUGAGGGUGAUUUUAAUAAAGAGAAAGACGAAGAUUGGACUGAAGAGGAAUUUGAGAGCCACAUUGUGAAAGAACGUGAAGGGAAGAGGCCUCUUUUAAAUGGUGAAAUCCAUGUGACGCUUAAAGAAGGGGUAGGGACCAUAGGAGAGCUUAUAUUCACUGACAAUUCCAGCUGGAUAAGGAGCAGAAAAUUUAGACUUGGAAUGAGAGUCUCUUCAGGAUUCUGUGAAGGAAUUCGUAUCAAAGAGGCAAAGACAGAGGCUUUCACUGUGAAAGAUCACAGAGGAGAAUUGUACAAGAAACAUUACCCUCCUGCGCUUAAGGAUGAUGUUUGGAGAUUAGAAAAGAUUGGAAAGGACGGUGCGUUUCAUGGGAAGCUAAACUCCAAUGGAAUUUAUACAGUUGAACAUUUUCUUCAACUUCUUGUUAAAGACCAACAUAAGUUAAGAAGUAUUCUUGGCACUGGCAUGUCAAAUAAGAUGUGGGAAAGCCUUGUAGAGCAUGCGAAAACCUGCGUUUUGGGUGGCAAGCAUUAUAUAUAUUACUCAAAUGAUGCAGGAAGUGUUGGUGCAAUAUUCAAUAACAUAUAUGAGUUCAUUGGUUUGAUUGCUGAUGAUCAGUUUAUUUCAACUGAAAAUCUUACUGAAAAUCAGAGGGUGUUUGCGGAUACGUUGGUGAAGCAAGCAUAUGAUGAUUGGAUCAACGUUGUAGAGUAUGAUGGUAAUGCAUUGUUGAAGUUUAAGCAGAAAAAGAAAUCGGUCACAACAAGAAGUGAGGCUGCAAAAGUUUCUACAAGGUACCCUACAUCGUAUGGUUCAGAACACUCCCAGAAACAAUUGACCGGAGGUCCUGCAAAUGUUGAGCAAUCUUCUGUGAGCAGUACGGGUGAAGCAGAAAGGUCUGGAGUCAUACCCAAUGGAGGGCAUGCAAUGAGAUAUGCAGCCCAUCCUCAGGACAUCUCCCAAACUAUUAACAUGCAAUAUGGCAUGAGUUCGUUGAUCCCCGAAGGCCAGUUCAAUGGUUCCUCCAUCCAAACUCAAGCAUCAAGAAACUCCAACAUGCUAGCAUUGGGACCUCCACAGCAGCAGCAAAACUUUGAAUUCUCAGCACUUGGUCAAUCUCCGGCUCUCAGUCCUUUUGAUGACUGGACUGGCCGUUUGCAGGAGAGCCGUGGUGGUGUUGAUGACUUCCUGAUGGAGGAAAUAAGGGUGAGGAGCCACGACAUACUGGAGAAUGAACAAGAGAUGCAACAAAUGCUACGCAUUCUGAGUAUGGGUGGGGCAUCAGCUAACCUGAAUAAUGUAGAUGGCUUUCCUUCCUACAUCCCAUCUCCCGCGCCAGCCUUCAACUAUGAGGAUGAUCGCACCCGCCCAUCUGGUAAGGCUGUUGUUGGGUGGCUUAAGAUUAAGGCUGCCAUGCGGUGGGGCAUCUUUGUCAGGAAGAAAGCAGCUGAGAGAAGAGCUCAGCUUGUUGAGCUGGAUGAUUAGUGGAUACUGGACUAUUUGUAAGACACUUUUUCCUCUGGUCGUGUACAGGGCUGACACUUAUUUGUCACAAUGUGGGCUCCGCCAUGCACCGAACGUGGAUAAUCAGAAUUUCGAGCUCCUAAGUGUGAAUGGACUCACGUUGACUGUACAGGUAGCUGUUCAAUGGUCAUUAUCUAAGUUUUGUUAGUGUUCAGAAAAAGACUGUUAGAACAUUGGCCUCAUUUCUGCAAAUUUAUGUCUGAGAUUGGAAACC